AAAGAAACAUAGCAGCUUCAUCACUUGACCAGAGAGUGAGAGAGAGAGAGAGUGUGUGAGAGAGAAAAGAGAGAGAGAGAGAGAGAGAGUUUUUCUUUUCUCCCAUUCUUCACACGGCGGGAAAACACACAUUUUGUUUGUGCCCAAAUCCAAUAACGCCCCUCUUUCUUUCUCCCUCCAAAACCCUAACAUUCCCAAAAAUUCCCCUUUUUUCAGUUGCUUCAUUCUCUCUAUCCAAUUCUCUCUCUUUCUGCAAUGGCAUUCCUUCCACAACCACGUGAAUCAGCAGAACCCGAAGAUUGCGAAGAAACCAUUGUCACAACCGCAACAGCGGCAACUACAGCUAGAGCAAUAGCAGCAGCAGAAGAAGAUAACGGAACCAUCGACGUUCAUACAACAAGAGGCGCAACCAUAAGGUACCUUCCAUUGGAUCAUCUCUACUCUGCCACGUCACCCUGCAGUGGCUCCUCCAACGUCAUGUCCAAGAAAGUUAAGGCUCGCAAGCUCACACCGCAUUUUCACCAAAACGACGACGUUAGCGCCAAAACGACGAACUGCAACAACAACGGUGAUGAUGAUGCUGAGAAUGUUUCUACUGAUAGUUCUGUUGUUGCUGUCCCGCCGAAUGAUGUUGACAGCAAUGAUGAUAAGCCACCGCUAAUUUUUGUUUACUCUCGGCGGCGAAAGAGGGGUGGUUCUGAUUCUACUACUGCGUCGUUUUACAAUUCACUAUCGGGUCGGGCUGGGAAGGACCCGGCGGAAAGGGUGGCUGCGAAGAAGAGGAAGAUUGGGACCACCGAGCUGGAGAAAUUGGGAGUGGAUUUGGGCGCGUUGGGAGUGCUUGACAACGGGCCUAGAUUGAGAGAAUGCCGCAUUAGUAAUAACGAUGGUGGUGGUGGUGGCGUUUCAGUGGAGAAGUUGGUAUCUGAAUCUCGUACAGUGAAGAGAUGGGUUGGGUUGAGUUUUGAUAAUGCUGACCCUGAGGCGUUCAUUGGGUUGCGAUGCAAGGUGUUUUGGCCAAUGGAUAUAAAAUGGUACGCUGGCCAUGUCAAAGGUUAUGAUAUCGAAACUAAGAUACACCAUGUUAAAUAUGAUGAUGGCGAGGAAGAAAAUUUAAUUCUUUCAAAUGAAAAUGUGAAAUUUCAUAUCUCCCGCGAGGAGAUGAAGCGCUUGAAUUUGAGUUAUGGCAAAGUUCGUGACAGUAAUGUCUCUGAUUGUGAUGUUGAAGAGAUGCUUGCGAUGGCUGCAAGUUUGAAUGAUUGUCAACAAUUUGAACCUGGAGACAUCGUAUGGGCUAAGCUAACAGGCCAUGCAAUGUGGCCAGCUGUUGUUCUGGAUGAAUCACUUGCACGCAAGUGCAAGGGUUUGAAUACAUUGGGAGGAAACUCAGUUCCUGUCCAGUUUUUUGGCACCCAUGACUUUGCAAGGGUUAGACUGCAGCAGGUGAAAUCGUUCCUAAGUGGACUUCUUACUGAACUAUACACAAAGUGCAACAAAACCAGUUUCUUUGACAGUAUGGAAGAGGCAAAGAGGUAUUUAAAUGAACAGAAACUUCCCUCAGAGAUGCUAGCGUUGCAAAAAGGAUGUACAGCUGAUGACCGUAAAAAUGUAACUGGAGAGGAUGGACAGUGUACAGAUUCAGGAGAAGAUUCUUUGAGUGACAAAGAGCCUUCCAUAGCACUGGAAAACAUUAAAUUUCCCUUAGAAGUAGGAGACCUACAAAUUAUAAGCCUUGGGAAAGUAGUUGAAGAUUCUUCAUCUUUCUGUGAUGGAAAAUCCAUCUGGCCUGAAGGGUACACUGCAGUGAGGAAGUUUACUUCAGUCACUGAUGCUAAAGUAUCUGCUGCUUAUAAAAUGGAGGUCCUGAGAGAUCCAGAGUCCAAAGAACGACCUCUAUUUAGAGUGACAGUUGAUGGUGGUGAGCAGUUCAACAAUCAUACACCAUCAGCUUGCUGGACCCAAAUAUACCAAAGGAUAAAUAAAUUAGAAAGGGAUGGUUCUGAAGCUUCUGUUGCGGAAGAUAGGGUAGAAAGCGGAUAUGAAUCUGGGACUGAUAUGUUUGGUUUCUCCAAUCCUGAAGUGGCUAAACUAAUACAGGGAUUAUCCAAAUCCAAAGUUUCUUCAAAGAAAUCAAGUUUGAAGUUAGGUUCCAGAAGAUAUAAUGACCUACCUGUUGGUUAUAGGCCGGUUCAUAUUAAUUGGUUUGAUCUUGAUAAGUGCAAUGUCUGCCACAUGGAUGAGGAGUACGAGACCAAUCUGUUUCUGCAGUGUGACAAAUGCAGGAUGAUGGUGCAUGCUAGAUGCUAUGGAGAACUGGAAUCUGUUAAUGGAGUGCUAUGGUUGUGCAACUUAUGUCGAUCGGGUGAUCCUCCACCACCUUGUUGCUUAUGUCCACUAAUAGGAGGGGCAAUGAAGCCUACAACAGAUGGCCGAUGGGCACAUUUGGCUUGUGCUAUGUGGAUACCUGAGACUUGCUUAGCUGAUGUCAAAAAGAUGGAACCUAUUGAUGGUUUGAACAGAAUCAGUAAGGACCGCUGGAAGUUGUUAUGUAGCAUAUGUGGUGUAUCUUAUGGUGCUUGCAUCCAAUGUUCAAACAAUUCUUGCCGAGUAGCAUAUCAUCCACUUUGUGCUCGUGCUGCUGGUCUUUGUGUUGAGCUUGAGAAUGAGGACAGGCUCUAUCUACUUUCUGUUGAUGAUGAUGAAGAGCAGUGCAUUCGACUGCUUUCUUUUUGCAAGAAACAUAGGCAGCCAUCUAAUGAACAUUCUGUUGCCAAUGAACGAAUUGUUCGAGCUGCGGGUCCAUGUUCUGACUAUGAACCACCACCCAACCCAUCUGGAUGUGCUCGAAGUGAACCAUAUGAUUAUUUUGGCAGGAGAGGACGGAAAGAACCUGAAGUUCUUGCAGCUGCAUCGUCAAAACGUUUGUUUGUUGAGAACCAACCAUACCUAGUAGGUGGGUACUGCCAGCAUGGGUUGUCUAAUGAGCUAGAACCUUCUGGCAGAGGAGUCUUCCCCCAAGUACAUAGGCUGAGGACCUCUUUGGGUGAUGAUUCGGGUGACAUACUUUCUAUUUCAGAGAAAUACAAGUACAUGAGGAAAACUUUUCGCAAACGGCUAGCAUUUGGGAAAUCAAGAAUUCAUGGAUUUGGCAUAUUUGCAAAGCAUCCAUAUAAAGGUGGAGACAUGGUGAUUGAAUACACUGGUGAACUUGUUAGGCCUCCCAUAGCUGACCGGAGAGAGCGCUUCAUAUACAAUUCUUUGGUGGGUGCUGGAACAUACAUGUUCCGGGUUAAUGAUGAACGAGUCAUUGAUGCCACUAGAGCAGGAAGCAUAGCUCAUUUAAUUAAUCAUUCUUGUGCACCGAAUUGCUAUUCGCGAGUUAUUAAUGCUAAUGGGGAUGAGCAUAUUAUAAUAUUUGCAAAGAGGGACAUUAAACAAUGGGAAGAGCUUACAUAUGAUUAUAGAUUUUUCUCAAUUGAUGAGCGGCUUUCUUGUUACUGUGGUUUCCCAAAAUGCCGAGGUAUAGUUAACGAUACUGAGGCAGAAGAGCGAGCUACUGCUCUGUAUGCACCUCGGAACGAGUUGAUAGAUUGGAGAGGAGAAUGAGAUUUUUAAAUCUUUAUGCACAGAAGUUGUAAGAUCCAUCUGGAUCCUUUUUUGUCCAACUACUUCUGCCAUGGAUUCUACGAGUUUCCUGAACGACAUUGUUGUACAUAUCCCAUUGCUUCAUCGUAACUCCAACUGAGAAGCUUAUGUCAGGCUCGCGAUUGUGGGGUUCCUUUGGUGUUACUGUUAUAGUAAUUUGGAAAGACACCACCAAACCUAUUACAAAUGCCACAUUUGAAAUUCAUUGCCAGAAUUAAGGCCUCUGUUUAACUUCAACCAACUUGCUGAGAUAUUGUAACUUGCCAUUGGAUAGGUACACAUUUGUAAUUACAUUAAAGCUUCAUACAAAUGAAAUGAAAUUUAGAAUUCGAAUUAUAGCAAAUGCUGAUUGCAAAAUUGCCUGCCCAUCAUAGGAAUGCCAAAUGCACAUUUACUAUUA